AUGACCGCAAUUCCACCAUCAACUCAAAUUCACUCGAUGUUUUUAAAUACAAAUGACGAAAUCGAAUUAGCUCGUUAUGGUCUCAGAGUUGGUUCAACACUUGGCACAGGCACAUAUGCUAAAGUGAAAUCAGCGUUUAGCGAACAACUUUUACACAAAGUGGCGAUUAAAAUCAUCAAUCGUCGUAAAGCUCCAAGUGAUUUUCAACGUCAUUUUUUACCACGGGAAUUGGCAAUCUUGCAACAGAUCAAUCAUGUUCAUAUUGUCCAAGUUUACGACAUAUUUUCCUAUGGAAGAGAUUUGAAAUGUGAAAAUGUUCUUUUGGAUAAAAACUUCGAUGUCAAACUAUCGGAUUUCGGUUUUGCAAGAGUUAUUCAAACAAAUGAACUAUCUCAUACAUAUUGCGGAUCAGCUGCAUACGCAUCAUGUGAAAUUCUUCAAGGUAUACCUUACCAUGCUAUUCCUGCAGAUAUUUGGUCAUGUGGAGUGAUUUUAUACAUCAUGGUUUAUGGGUCGAUGCCAUUUGAUGAUUCAAAUAUUCGCAAACUUGUUCGAUAUCAAUUAGAAAAGAAAAUUCAUUUUAGUCGUUACAAAACAUUGUCAAUUGAAUGCAAACAGUUGAUUCUAUCGUUAGUCGAACCGGAUAUAAAACUUCGUUUGACCAUGACUCAAAUGAAAAAUCACGAUUGGAUCAAAGGACGAAUAACAUCAGUGAAUCAACAAGAUUCGAUCGGAAAGUCUCUAACGAACAGUUCGACUUCGUCUGCUAAUACUCUACAAGAAUCAACAGUUAAAAUGAUGAAAACAACAAUUCAUGAGAAUCAUCCAUUAGGAAUUGUACAUGGUAAAAUCAGUUUCGAACAUGAAUCAAUGUCGAAAGAUUGA